AUGUCAUACUCUAUUAAUAGAAGACCCUUAUUAGGGGGUGUGUCUGACAGUGAAUUUGAAGAUGAUUUAGAAACAGAAUUUGAUGAUCCAAAUGUAUCUAUACCUGACGAAAAACCAUUUUUAAAACAAGAUGAACCUCUUGACAGAUAUAACUUUGCUUAUAUAGUUUUUUACCUGCUUGGAAUAAAUAUAUUAAUUCCAUGGAGUUUUUUCAUCACUGCAGAUGAUUAUUGGAUGUACAAAUUUCGACAAAUUCAUGAUAAUGAUACUAGAACUUCUAAUUAUAAUUAUACUGAAAAUUUAGAAACGAAGACAGAUCUUCAAGCUAGUUUUACUUCUUAUUUAAAUGUAGCAAGUGCUUUACCAAAUACGUUAUUUCUAAUACUAAAUACAUUUAUCAGCAAAACGAUACCUUUAAGAACAAGAAUGAUAGGAUCUCAAUGUAUUAUUCUUCUAUUAUUUAUCAUGACAACUGUAUUUGUGAAAAUAAAUACAGACAAAUGGCAAGCAACAUUUUUAGUAAUUAUUUUGACUACCGUAGCAUUUGUCAAUGCUGCAAGUGCAAUUUUUGGAGGUAGUUUAAUGGGUAUAGUUGGACGUUUUUCUCCAAAAUAUAUAACUGCUAUGUCUGGGGGCCAAGCUUUAGGAGGCAUAUUUACAGCUUUAGCAGAAGUAAUCUCUCUUUGGAUUGGUGCUAGUCCUGUACUUUCAGGCUUAAUGUAUUUUAUUAUUGGAGAUACUAUAUUGCUUCUCUCUUUAAUUGCUUAUAUAAUUUUAGAAAAAGCAGCAUUCUUUAAGCAUCACAUGCUGGAUAAGUUUCCUGAACGUAUAGAAUCAGAUUUUUCUGUUAAUGCAGAAGUAAUGUUUUCACAAGUACAUACAAUUUCAUAUAUAAAUAUUAUUAAAAAAAUUUGGCAUUAUGGUAUUAGUGUAUUUCUUGUAUUCUUUAUAACCGUCACAGUUUAUCCAGCUAUAACUGUACUAGUUGAAAGUGAAAAUAAAGGAAAGGGAUAUGCUUGGAAUGAUACAUACUUUGUACCUGUGGUAACAUAUCUCAUUUUUAGCACAGGUGAUUAUGUUGGUAGAGUUUUAUCAGGCAUUUUACAAAUGCCUAGAAGUAAACCAUACCAUGUCAUAUUCUUAAGCAUAACAAGAAUUGUUUUUAUACCAGCUUUGAUGUUUUGUAAUGCACAACCAAGACAUCAUUUACAUGUUUAUAUACACAAUGACAUUUACUACAUUUGUAUAACUAUUUUAUUUGCUGUAACUAAUGGUUAUUUGUGUAAUUUAUCAUUUAUAUUAGCUCCAACAAUGGUAAACACACAAGAAAAAGAAAUUGCAUCUGCGAUGAUGGGAGCUUUCCUUGGUAUAGGAUUAACAACUGGCGCAGCUCUUAGCCUUUAUAUGGUUAAAGCUUUGUAAUAUAACCAAGGUAUAUACUUAAUUUUAUUGCCUUUUAUACCACUCAAACAUAAAUAUAUUGUUAAUUUUAAAUCCUUUUAGAAUUUAAUAUAUUUGAAGAUAAUUUUUCAUAUAAGUACUAUUAAAUAUCAUUGUAAUUACAUUUUAUAAUUUCCUAUAUGAUACAUUACUCUAUUUUAAAACAUGGUUUUCAGGGUAUUAUGACAAAAUGUAUUACUAUUAUCACAAUUUAAAUGUAGUUAGUAAUUAAAUAGUAAAAAAAUAUGAGAAGUAAAUGCAGAGAUGUUUGUACAAUAAUAAAAAUAUAAGUAUCAAUGGUGGUUUCCAUAAUAUUUUAAAAUAGUAAUAUUGUAAUGUAAUAAAAAACAAUGGUAGAAUAUUAUCGUUAUAUGAAUAAUUUUAGAUAUAUAACAAAGUGUUAACUGUAUCACAUUUUUAUGAUUCUUUGAAAAAAUUUAUAUAAAUGUUUUCAUAUGAUAAUUUUAUAAUAUUGUCACCAGUAAAACUUUUAUAAAUAUGCAUAAAAACUUGUAUGUUUCUCAAGUGGUAUGAAAAUUUUAGCAUAAAAUAUCGAAAUUCUAGUCACAUAAAUCAGCAUUUAUUAAUACAUUCUUGUUUGAAUGUCUCAUGUACAGAGUCUAUGUUAUAACUAAGUGAUA